CUCGUCGCGUCGUCCACUUCCAUCACCACACUAUCGUUCCACACAUACACACACAAACACAGUCAAACGCGUCGAACACAUCCUUUCGCAAUGGCUAAACUCGCAGGCGCAGCUCUGCGCAUCAUUCAAACCCUCUUCUACGCCCUGGCUUUCUGCUGUGCGGCCAUCAUUCUCGGUUUCUACUCCUACUUCCUCGCCGUCAAGGCUGAUCGCGACUGGGUUAUCACCAAUCAAGAGAAGGCCAUCGAGGGCAUGUCUGGCGCCGCUGUGCUAUAUACCAUACUCGCCGUACUGUUCACUUGCUGUCUUGGUGGCGUGACCUUCUUCGCCUUCCUCGCAAUCGUACUCGAUGUCCUCUUCUGCGGAGCUUUCAUCGCCAUCGCCAUCAUGACCCGCGACGCGACCAGCUGCACCGGGAAUGUUGAAACCCCAUUCGGCAACGGCCCGUCCAACUCGCCAUCGUCCGGCUUCGACGGUGACUUCGGAAUCGGCUCGAACGAUACUCAGACCUACGCCGUCUCGCUUGGCAGAGCUUGUCGCUACAAUCAGGUUUGCUUUGCUGUUGCAAUCAUUGGCGCUUUCCUCUUUGCCAUCUCUGCGGUCGUACAGCUAUUCCUCGGUCGUCACCACCAGCGCGAGAAGCGUUUCGGCCCUUCGCCCGCUAACAACUACACUGCGGGCUCUGGCAACCGCAAGUUUUGGCAGCGCAGCUCGCGCCCAAAGACCACUCACGAGGCUCGCGACGCUGAGCUCGCUACCGGUGGUCUCGCCGCCGGACAGCCUGACAUGCGCCCAAGCCAUGAGACCGGAUACACCGGCUCGACCGUCGGAAACACUGCUGCGUAUGAUAGCGCUGGCAAGCCUGUCAACGGUGCAGGUGGAUACCACACCGGCCCAGCGACAAACUACUAAGCGGAUAACUCGCAUCACCUCAAACAUGAAAAGAAAUCUCGGGGCCCGAAAAAAUUGUGUGAGCAAGGAUCGAUGUAUAUGUGUCGAUAAGGCGCAGACUUCGUUACUGUGAUGGAAUGGCGCAUCCAUGUCUUUGGUUGGGGGGCUGUUUAUGAGCGUUAUGCAUAUGAUACCAAAUUGACGCGUGAGAUGAUGUUCACGCGUUCUGUGAGCUAUGAGGCCUCAGGCACAUUCGCUACGUUGAACGACUUCACGAUGAGGAGUCGGGGUGUACCUACUUAGAUAAUGAUAAUAAUACCGUAUACUCUUCAGAGUCAGCCUGCAUCCUCGAUCUUGAACUACUGAAGCGUAUGAAUCGUAACAACUC